GUUUUGGAAGCUGUGUUUACGUCUCCUCCACUCCCAUCCCCGCUCCAGCCCAGGCGGAAUCAAAACUCCCAGAGCCGCCUUCGGGCCUGGGCUGGCUGUGAAUGACAAGUCGGAAGUCGGGGCUGCAGCACCGGCCCGGGAGGCUCUCCCGCUCCUUCGCAGCAGAGGAGGGAGACAGAGGAUGAAAGAUUCUGAAAAUAAAGGUGCCUCGUCCCCCGACAUGGAGCCCAGCUAUGGGGGAGGCCUUUUUGACAUGGUGAAGGGAGGUGCGGGGAGGCUCUUUAGCAACUUAAAGGACAACUUGAAAGACACCCUGAAAGACACCUCUUCAAGAGUGAUACAAUCUGUGUCCAGCUACACGAAGGGAGAUUUAGACUUCACUUACGUCACCUCCAGAAUCAUUGUCAUGUCCCUGCCCAUGGACAGCGUUGACAUAGGGUUCAGGAAUCAGGUGGACGACAUCCGGAGCUUUUUGGAUUCCAGACAUCUUGACCACUACACGGUCUACAACCUGUCACCCAAGUCUUAUCGGACCGCCAGGUUUCACAGCCGGGUCUCAGAGUGCAGCUGGCCCCUCAGGCAGGCCCCCAGCCUGCACAACCUCUUCGCCGUGUGUCGGAAUAUGUACAACUGGCUGCUGCAGAACCCCAAAAACGUCUGUGUGGUCCACUGCUUGGACGGCCGGGCCGCCUCAUCCAUCCUGGCCGGUGCUAUGUUCAUCUUCUGCAAUCUCUACUCCACUCCGGGUCCCGCCAUUCGGUUACUGUAUGCAAAGCGGCCGGGAAUCGGACUGUCACCGUCCCACCGGAGGUACCUGGGCUACAUGUGCGAUCUCCUGGCAGACAAGCCCUACCGCCCUCACUUCAAGCCUCUCACCAUCAAGUCCAUCACCGUCAGCCCCGUCCCCUUCUUCAACAAACAGAGGAAUGGAUGCCGCCCGUACUGUGACGUGCUGAUUGGAGAAACCAAGAUAUAUUCGACCUGCACUGACUUCGAACGAAUGAAAGAAUACCGUGUCCAAGACGGGAAAAUCUUCAUUCCCUUGAACAUCACCGUGCAGGGAGACGUGGUUGUUUCCAUGUUCCAUCUGAGGUCCACCAUCGGGAGCCGGCUGCAGGCUAAGGUGACCAACACGCAGAUCUUGCAGCUUCAGUUUCACUCUGGAUUCAUCCCCUUGGACACCACAGUGUUAAAGUUCGCCAAGCCCGAGUUGGAUGCCUGCGAUGUCCCAGAAAAGUAUCCCCAGCUGUUUCAAGUGACGCUGGACGUGGAGCUGCAGCCCCAGGACAAGGUCGGGGACCUGACCCCGCCGUGGGAUCAGUACUGCGCGAAGGACGUCAGCCCCAGUGUGCUCUUCUCCUCCCGCCAGGAGCACCAGGACACUCUGGCCUUGGGAGGACAGGCCCCGGUGGACGUGCCCCCCGACACCCCCAGGCACCCCGGCCAGGGCGGCUUCUUCUCGUCUCUCUGUUGGCAAGAUCAGAAGCCCGAAAAGUCCCGCGAGGAGGACCACGCGGCCCUGGUGAACCAGGAGAGUGAGCAGUCGGAUGAGGAGCUCCUCACUCUGUCCAGUCCGCACAGCAGCGCCAACGGCGACCGGCACCAUGGGCCCCGGAGGCCCAGCCAGAAGCAGCAGGAGCCCGCGCCGCCCACGGCCCCUGAGGAGGAUGCGCUCCAGCCCAGCGGGGCAGCGUCCACGCAGUCCACGCCGCGCCGUGCCGCCUCGAGCUCCACCUCGCCCACCCUGCGCAUGGGAGAAGGUGCCACCUUUGACCCGUUUGGAGCCUCCUCUAAGCCAUCGGGCCAAGACUUGCUGGGCUCCUUUCUCAGCACAUCCAGUGCCUCCAGUGACCCCUUCCUUCAGCCCACGAGAAGCCCUUCACCUACUGUGCACGCUUCCAGCACCCCUGCUGUGAGCAUUCAGCCGGAUGUUUCUGGAGGCUGGGACUGGCACGCUAAACCAGGAGGUUUUGGAAUGGGAAGCAAAUCAGCUGCCACCAGCCCGACAGGGUCCUUGCACGGCACUCCAACCCAUCAGAGCAAGCCCCAGACGCUGGACCCCUUUGCCGACCUCGGGACCUUAGGCAGUUCUUCAUUUGCCAGCAAACCCACCACACCAACUGGCCUGGGUGGAGGAUUCCCACCUCUCAGCUCACCACAGAAAGCAUCUCCCCAGCCCAUGGGCAGUGGGUGGCAGCAAGCGGGUGGCUACAGCUGGCAACAGUCACAGUCUAAGCCUCAGCCCAGCAUGCCACACUCCUCGCCCCAGAACCGGCCCAACUACAACGUGAGCUUCUCCUCCGUGCCUGGGAGCCAGGGUGAACGUGGGAAAGGACCCACUAAUUUGGAUGGGAAACAAAGAGCAGCUGACUUUGAAGACCUACUUUCUAGUCAAGGUUUCAAUGCUCACAAAGACAAGAAGGGACCUCGAACAAUAGCUGAAAUGAGAAAAGAGGAGAUGGCCAAAGAAAUGGAUCCGGAAAAGUUAAAGAUCCUGGAAUGGAUAGAAGGCAAGGAGAGGAAUAUCAGAGCCCUUCUCUCCACGAUGCACACGGUGCUGUGGGCUGGGGAGACCAGGUGGAAACCUGUGGGCAUGGCGGACCUGGUGACGCCGGAGCAGGUGAAGAAGGUGUAUCGGAAGGCUGUGCUGGUGGUGCACCCGGACAAGGCGACUGGGCAACCCUAUGAACAAUAUGCAAAGAUGAUUUUCAUGGAGCUCAAUGAUGCCUGGUCUGAAUUCGAGAACCAAGGACAAAAGCCCUUGUAUUAAUGUGUGAGCUUUUCUAUCUCAGCUGCAGACCUGUGCUAAUGCUUAGUGUGCAUCACAAUUCUGAGGUUUCCACAGAUGAACCAAAAACUCCAGUAAUGUAUUUCCAGUACUAAACUGUUCAGUUACUAAUGAAUUAAUUUCUCAUGGUAAGGAAUGUGGAUAUUUGGUUUCUUGAGUUCCCUCCAGCCAUAAAAGAGCCAAAGCGUGAGAGGAGCUUUUGUAGAGUGACCUUGCAGAGGUCGACAUUCCGCCUACCUUUUGGGGGGCCUGCCUAGCAUUUUGCCUGCGGGAGAUGGAAGACUCAGGCCACCAGAGAUGGAGGCGAGUCACCCAUCUCAUUGGCGAAUGAGAUCAAGGAGCCAAGGUCCUGAUGAUAGGAUUGCUGGAUGGUUUUAAAGAACGGAUUUUCAUUUUCCUUGGUAAGAUAUCUUUGAGCAAAGGCUUUGCACAGAUCCCAGGAACAUAACCACCAAGUAUUUUUUUAACCCCUAUGGCCUGUAGCACAAUACUGUAUAUGUCUCUCUGUCAGGAGCGCCAGUGAGCAAAGCUGGAGUGUUGGGAGGGAUGAGGGUGCCGAACGUUCUCCAGGAUAAACUGUCUCUUAGUGCAAAUGCUGGCUGAGAACACAGGAACUCCGAAGAUGUAGAAAUCUUUACUUGUGGGCAGGAUGUUGGGCUGUUGCCUUCCUUUCCCCUUAGAAAACUGUGGAUGAGGAAAGAAAGUCUUACCACCAGAACAACUUGAAGCCCAUUUUGAAUGACACUUCUCGUUUUGCCAUAACGUGUAAUGCUCUUUCUUUUCCUUUGCCAGGAGAAUGUCCUCAGCUGGAAGUAGGUUGUAAGAGCAGGGUGGUCCAUUUGCAGUUCGUCAGGACCCAAGGCUGGUGUGGACUUGGUGUUCUGUAGGUUUUAUGAGCCACUAUGGCACAAGGGGACAGAAUGUUGCUCAGGAGAAGGGGUGGCCCAUGGUGCCCCCUUUGGAUGGACUCAGUGGCUUUGUCAGUAUUUGCUUUAAGGGACCAGGUGCCCCCAUCUCCGGUGAGUCUGGACCCCUGGAUGUUUGCAGUGGGGAUUAUUACUUUAAAGGGAGUUGGAGGCCCACAUGAAUUCAUACAGGGACCUUUUUGGAAGCAAAUCAAGAAUGAAACUUUUCCAGACCUCAGCCUGGUUGGAUUUUAGUUCCAUGUCUUGGCUGGUUCUCAUUUCAAGAUAAGCAGUUCAUUCUUCUGUGACUUCUGUCGAUCUGGCAGCAAGCACGUGCAUAUAUAUUUUAUAUUAUAUAUAAUAUAUGUGCAUGGAGCAGGUGGGCAGGAGAUUUUCAUGCUGAUCUUAAAAGGUUCGUACUCAAUUUGUGAAAAGCUUUCAAAAGUUGUUUUUAAAAGACAAUCACUUUUUGUUUGCUUUAAUUUUCUUGCGGCAUUACAGAAAAGGCAGCAUGUCAAAAAUAUUUUAAGUUCUAUAUAGAGAUCUCUUUUUUUGGCUAUAAAGGUUAUUUAUUUUCUAUUUUACUGACAAUGUGAAAGUUGCAGAAUAUGUUCUCUUUUUAAAUAUACAGCCAAAACUGUUCAAAGUAACCAUAUCAACCUAGGUAUUAUUUAUUAACAUAUUAUAAAAUAAUGUUUGACCCAGUGUGUGCUUGUCUUAUUUAAAACUGGAAUGUGAGACAUGUUGCUGUGACCUGUUGUUUCUUUUCCCAUUUCCAUUUGUAGAUAUCGUGUGAACUACAGUAUAUAAUGAUAAUUAAAAGGCACUACGUGGCUGUCAUGUACAUUUUGAAACUCUAUUAGCUUUGUAUCAUGUUUGAAUAAUGUUCACAUUUUAAAACAGCAUUAAACCCUCUGUAAUUAGCAAUGAGAAUAAUCUUACUUAACUUAAAUCUGGGGGUUUCCCUCAACUCUUUCCCAGAUACAUUAUCAUUCUGGACCCCUAUUUAUCUCACGACCCUUAACUUAUGCAGGCCAACAAGUUUUUUGCAUUCUUUUAGUUACCUGGUUGUGACAGAGCUUGGUGUUGGUCUGAUUCACUGUUUCCCUCAUAUUUAUUGUAAUAUAUUUUUUGUUUUGUAAAUAUGUUAUACACAACAAAAUGUGAUUGGUCUAAAAUAUUUGUAAUGUAUAUUAAAAGGCUCAAAAAUA